AUGACCUCCCCUCAGGACUUCAAGUCUCUCCAGGAGAAGGUGCAGUCCGCGCUUGUGGCCACCACCCGCUCGGUGAACCGCAUCGCCGCCGAGGACCUUGCUUUCCAGCGCGCCGUGAACCCUGGCGUUGGCGACGACCUCGACGCCAAAACCGAGCGCCUCCUCGAGCUUUCCACGACCCUCCUCAAGUCAGCGGCCAGCGUCUGCGGCCUCAACGCGCCCAAUCUCGAAGAUGCCGACGACAUUGAUAUGCGCUGGCGGAGCGUUGUGGACGUAGUAGACUCGGUACUGGAGAAGGCCGAUACCUCGAUCGAUGAGUACACGGGAGCUAUCAAGAGGAAGGAUGCGCCCACCGCAGAUGCUUCCCAGGCGAAGAAGGCAAAGACUACCGGAACUGAUAAGGUCAUCCGGAAUGCCAACAUCUCGAAACCCCAGCUCAACUUCGAUCCCCCUGUCGACAACAAUGCGACAUGGAAGCCCAUUCUCACCGAGAAGCCCCACGCCAAGGUACCGCUUGAGCAAAGUUUGGUAUCCAACGAGACGGACGGCUUUGUUACGUAUGAUUACACCAUUUUCUUGCCUUUACUUCACAUGGACGAAUCCGCACACUCCAAACAGAAUAGAUCUCGCAUAAACAAGCGCCACAAGACAAGAGGUUCAAUUAAGAGUAUUAACGGGGAGAUUAGGUACAAGCACCCGUACGAAACCGAGAUCCUCGAAGCGAAAUACCCCGACCGCGUCUAUCAACAAGCCGAACCGAUUCCCUGGCAACCCGUCGACAAGACCGAGGCGACAUGGGUCGAUACCUUCGAGGGCGUGCUGGAGAUGUUGGAGGAGCUCAAGAACGCCAAGGAGAUCGCUGUCGACUUGGAACAUCACGACUUCAGGACAUAUGUGGGACUCACAUCACUGAUGCAGAUCAGCACGCGCGAGAAAGACUGGGUUGUCGAUACCCUGAAGCCUUGGAGACAGCAGCUCCAGGUUCUUAACCAGGUGUUUGCCGAUCCAAACAUCGUCAAAGUUUUCCACGGCUCCUACAUGGACAUUAUUUGGCUGCAGCGCGACCUCGGGCUGUAUGUAAACGGCCUCUUCGACACAUUCUAUGCUUGCGAAGCUCUCCACUACCCCCAAAGGAGCUUAGCAUUCCUGUUGAGCAAGUUUGCCAACUUUGAUGCUGAUAAGAGAUACCAAAUGGCCGACUGGCGCAUGCGCCCACUGUCCCCGGAAAUGCUUUACUACGCCCGCUCUGACACACAUUAUCUCCUUUACGUCUAUGAUAAGGUCCGCAAUGAGUUGGUGAUGAAGUCCGACCGUGGUAACCCUGGAACCGAUUACAUCGAGACUGUUCUCCAGAAGUCCAAGAGCCAAUCUCUGUCUCGAUACGAGGGUGAACACUUUGACCCGGUCUCUGGAAAGGGUCCCAGGGGCUGGUACGGCCUCUUGCUCAAGCACCCAGCGCCCUUCUCAGGCCAGCAGUUUGCCGUCUACAGGGCUGUUUGGGCCUGGAGAGAUGAGGUGGCGCGGAGAGAAGACGAAAGCACUGCAUACGUGCUCCCCAACGCGAUCAUUGGCGACAUCGCCAAGCGCAUGCCGCCUGAUGCGAAGGCUUUGCACGCUCUCAUCCCCCCCAGUUCCCACAUUGCCCGACGAAAUGUUACCGACAUCUGGGCACGGUACCAAGAAGCGAGAGAGCGCGGUGUGGAGGAGCCGAGUCUGUACCAUUUCUUCCGCUCGGAUUUGCCGUCUCGCCCAGCCAAGCCAUUGGUCGAGACCGCGGUGGAUGAUGCAGCUGAAGUUGCCGCGGAGCCGGGCCAACUGGCUCAGUCCCAGCUUUUCGGCAACAUGGCUUUGAGUUCGGCGUGGGAGGCGACGCCGUCUGCGGCUAACGGUCUCGGAGACUUCGUCAUGCUGCCCUGGCAAAAGUUCGUGCAGAACGUAGCAACAACUGAGGCGGCCGCUCAAGAGGAUGUCGCCAUGGAGGGAGGAGUCGAGGCCGAAGCCAAGGCUGCUGUUCAGCCUGAGGCGCCUCCGGUCGAGGAGGAGUUCACCCUGAAGGCCGGCACGAAGCGCAGGGCCCCGGCGCAAGAGGAGUCAGAUGGUAGUGACGACGAAUCUGGAUCGGAAGAGAGCUCUGUCGACAUUGUGCUGGAGCGGGCAGACGGUACGCCCAGCGGCAAGAGGGGCAAGACUAUAGAGGGUGACCGCAAGGCGAAGGUCGAACAGAAGAGGGCCGACAAGGUUGCCAGGUACACCGAGGAUUACCAGCGUGCCCAAGCCGAGGUCGAGCGUCUUACGAAAGACGUCGCCGAGGAUCGGGCAUACCCAGUGCAGCUUGAGGAGGCGCAGGGCAUCGCCGCUGAGAAGAAGCAGAAGCUGGACAACUACGUCACCGCGCUCGCGAACCGAAAGGCCAAGGCCGAGAAGAAGGCCGCGGCCAAGGCGCGGAAGCAGGAGAAGGCGGAGAGGAAGAAGCAGAAGGAGGCAGAGAAGCUGGCGAAGAAGGCUGCUAAGAAGGCCGCCAAGAGCAAGAGCGAAGGCGAGGGUGAUGACGACGAGGAGGAGGAGGCUUUCGACUACGGACAGGCUGCUUCGGUGCUUCACGCGAAGCGGAACGGGGGAGGUGUCAAGAAGGUCGCGAAGCCGGCGUUCGACCCGUACGCCAAGACGGGAGACGAUGCGCCGAAGGGGGCCCGCAAGGCGCCGCCUCCGAGGGGUGAAAAGAGCGCGACCUUCAAGAGGUGA